GUAAUUUGCUUUAGAAUUUUAGGUUUUAUUUGUUUUCUUAAUAUUCGGACUUUGGAUUAAGAAGUUUAGAGCAUUGUGCAGGGAUUCAUCAACUGAAUUCAAUGGAUGAACAAGAAUUGUCAUCUGCUAAGCCUAAUCAGUCCUUGUCAAGUGACACAUUGCAGAAUCGUCCUCUAGAAUUGUUAACUGCUAAGGUAACUUUAGAAAUAUUGAGCACUCGUUAUCUGAUGUCUAAGUUACAAGCUUUUGAGAAGGAACUUACACAGUAUAAGCAACGAGUAGAGUUUAAUGGUGACAUCAAUCCUAAUUUAGAAGUUUGUGAGAAGGCGAUGCGAGAUCUUAAACUGCAGCUUCUCAUGCCACCGAAGGACUUUAUCGCGAAUGAGCAGGCCGUGCAAGAUCGUAAGUCUCAGAUUCUAAGUGAACCGGCUCCACUUACGGACUUUGAUUCAGAAUCAGAUUCGGACUUUGAUUCAGAACCAGAUUCGGACUUUGUUUCCGGAGUUGCUAGUCAAGAAAUACAAGAGGAACAAGUGGGUCUUAAUAGUUUGAAAGCCGUAUUUAGAUCAUUUAUCUCGGAGGAAUUGACUGUCGAUCAACUCAUUGGCAAGCUCACCCGAUUCAAGGGUAAGGUUAAGCGAAUUGAGGGACUCGAACCCAAGAUUCAUGUUCUGUUGCAAACAGGUGAUCAAGAUUAUCUUUUCAAUAAAGAAGAUUACCAAGAGGAAGGGAAGAAUAUGAGCUUUUUGGACUACUUGAAUUUGUUCAACGAGUCUAGUUUCGAUGAUGGUUACGAGACUUUGAUAUCUCUAAGGACUCGAGCCGUAGAUCAGGGGAAAGAUCUUUCUCGUAAGCUUAUCCAUGUGAUAUUUAUGAUGUCAAAGGCUCAGGAAAACUUAUUCAAACUUCAGGCUCUUCGCGAUUCACUCAGUUGGAUUGGUGAAGGUGAAAGUACGAUGGUAGUCAAUAAGUUUAUUGAUUUACUUCACACUGCAGAUAUCGAAAUGUUGAGAGGAUCCUUGAAACGAAAAGCAGCAGUGUUGUGUGAUGAAACGGAAGCAGCAAUGGGGCGUGAUGAAACGGAAGCAGCAGGAUAUGACCACUCAGAUUAUCUUGUGUUUUUUUUACUCAAAGGAAUCUGUCGUUUAGAGCUGUUUUGGACGCAUAGAGGAUUGCCAGACCCCGAGAUGUCAAUGAUGGCGGAUACAUUUCGGUCGUUGGAGGAUGGUAUGAGAGAUUGCGAGCGAGAACUGGAAAUGUUUAAAUCACAAUAUCUUAAUAUGGUGGAUGGUUCUGCAUUCGGUUUUGGGGAAGAAGAUUUUCUCAGUAUGAAGCAAAAGGAUGAAUAUAAAGCAAUGGAAUUAAAGAUGGAUGAACUUUGGAAUGGAAUUGAAGAAUCGGGCUAAAGGUAUCCGCUUAAGAUUGAAAUCGCUUUUGAUUUUGCAUGCUUAUAGAAGUCGAGUUACGCUCGUCUCUUAGAUAUGUCGAUAGCAUCUAAUGAUUGUUUUCCUUCAAAAUUUGCAGUGUUUUUCUUUUAUCAGUUAUAUGUUAUGCAUCAGUGUUGGAAAUUAGUUGAAAUAAUAUUUUAAAGAAAUCCACCAACGGAAGGAAGGAUCGAACCCCUGACCUUCCGAGGAAUGUACGGCAAGGAGUGUAGCCACCGGGCUACACCCUCAUGUACCAAAAUUUGCAGUGUUGCGCAUGCUUGUGCUUGAGGAUUCUCAAAAUAUAUUUUCUCUGUUUCUAACUGUUUGUUUUAGUUUACUUAGUUCUAUAUUAA